GCUGCUUUUUAUUGCCUCAUUCAACAUUAACAUUACUGUUCGAUUUUCCAUGUAGCUCUUAAUUACUCUUCGCUUUUCAUAACGGAAACGUGAAGCCUUCUGGCGCUGGGAGCAGAAGCCAAGAGGCAACCAAUCAACUUUGUCGGCGACGCGUGCUUAGCGCCCAGCGCGCCUAUCAACGCACUAAGCAACUAAACCAAACACUUGACGGCCUCACGGACACUCGCCUCGAGCCGUUCACCCACUAUUCACACACGCACGCACACGCACACAUACACUCGCUUAGGGAUUCAUUUUGGGGCGAAAUGAACGCUUCCAGUGGCGCUCUUCGUUUCGUGCUCUUGCUCAAGCCGUUUCGAAGUUCGAAAAGCCGAAUGUGAGCCGAGCAGCGAACGAAUUGGAGUGAAGCGUCGAGCUCGGCACAGCCGUUCCACCAAUCGAGUCAACGCCAUUGGCAUUUAGUCGUACAUCGGUUGUCCUUCUGUGCGGAUGGUUCGGCGUUCAGACUACGCGCCGUUUAACCAAAAAUACAACUGACUAACUGUGUGAGCGCGCGCGUUUCGACAUUAUCGCGAGUUGUUGACGUCUUUUUAUGUGCUUACCAUUUACCGCUAGCAAACGAUUUGACACGAAAUGUUGUUCGUCACGUUGUUCUUACUGUUAUCGCCAGCGUCGUUGUCCUUUUCGUUGUCGUUGUCGUCAGUGUUGUCGUUGUCAAUUGCCAGCUACUGGCAGCGCUCUUCACAAAAGUUCUGAACGCAUCAAGUGAAAGUUUUACCCACCGUUAUUUCCCCCACUCGCAUAGCAAUUGCAACGGACGCGUCCUAGCGGAGAUACCGUUAAUCAACUUCACCAACAGCGUAAAUUUAUCGCAAAAAUGUUUGGACUCGUUGCACUACGACAUGUACGGCCACGCCCCCUUGCCAGUGGGCGCUUGGCUGGCAUUGCUCUGCACAUUAUCAACAUCGUGGCCAUAGUGCUCUUAAUGAUGACUGCCACGCCCACUCGUGCCGAGAUACCUUCAAAGGGCAAACAUGCUCGCGUGGACACACAGCAAACGCCACUGGACGAUGCAGACAUGCCACGCUUUGCGGAGCCCAUUGCCAAUGUCACCGUCUCCAUUGGCCGCGAUGCGCUGCUCGCCUGUGUCGUCGAGAAUCUGAAGGGCUACAAAGUGGCCUGGGUGCGCGUCGAUACACAGACAAUACUCUCCAUACACCACAAUGUUAUAUCACAAAAUAAUCGCAUUAGUUUGACCUACAACGAUCAUCGAUCGUGGUAUUUGCACAUUAAAGAGGUGGAGGAAACAGAUCGCGGCUGGUACAUGUGCCAGGUGAACACUGAUCCGAUGCGUUCGAGGAAGGGCUAUCUGCAGGUGGUGGUGCCCCCCAUGAUAGUCGAGGGCAUGACCAGCAAUGACAUGGUCGUCCGCGAGGGUCAGAAUGUAUCGCUGAUGUGCAAGGCGCGCGGCUAUCCCGAGCCCUACGUCAUGUGGCGACGCGAGGACGGCGAGGAAAUGCUAAUUGGCGGGGAGCAUGUCAAUGUCGUCGACGGGGAGCUGCUGCACAUAACCAAAGUGAGCCGUCUCCACAUGGCGGCCUAUCUCUGCGUGGCAUCCAACGGUGUGCCGCCAUCGAUAAGCAAGCGCGUCCAUUUGCGAGUUCAAUUUCCUCCCAUGCUGUCCAUACCAAAUCAGCUGGAAGGCGCCUAUUUGGGCCAGGAUGUUAUGCUGGAGUGCCAUACAGAGGCCUAUCCGGCCUCUAUUAACUAUUGGACUACUGAACGCGGCGACAUGAUAAUAUCAGACACUUCGCGAGCGGGCGAUAAAUACGAGACCACAUCAACCGUCAGCGGUUAUACGAAAUAUAUGAAGUUAAAAAUUCGCGCCGUUGGUCCAAACGAUUUUGGCACCUAUCGCUGCGUGGCAAAAAACUCGCUGGGCGAAACCGAUGGCAACAUUAAGCUCGACGAAAUGCCCACGCCCACCACAGCAAUCAUAUCCGAGAUGGCCAUGCUGAAUCGCAGCUAUGAUGGCAAGAGACGUCAUAGAAAUAAAUUUGAGUCGGCUAACGCUUUGCCUGAUUACGGGGUUGAGGAGUGGCGUGACGGUGCUCAAGGCAACCAUGGUGGCAACACUGGCGAUAACAAUCAAACGCCCGUGCGUAAUCCGCCCGGAGCAUUUCACAAUUCUGCAGGCUCACUGGCACAGCAUAAUCUACUUGGUAAAAUAAUGCGCGGCAUUAAAACGCAAUCAUUUGGGAUUUUCAAACGUUUAUCGAGUUAUUUGCCAGCGGCGCUGUCGACGUCGCUGCCAGCGUCGACGAGUCGAUGGCGUAUGAGUAAUAUGAAAAGCCAGGCCCACGUUCAGCCACUGGAGACUGCUGUCAGCGUGCAGUCAAACAUAAACAGCAGCAGCAGCGACGGCAGCAGCGACGGCAGCAGCAUCUGCCAAAGGACACGACACAGUAGCAAUCGAUGGGCGUGGCAGCGGCACAACAACAUGAAUCAGAUGAUGAAGAAGAGGAAAACGCAGAAGCAGAAGCAGAACAAACAGCGCGCCAAGAGCGUGCGAAAUAGAAUCAAACUUAGAGAAGCAUCUGUACACAGAGCUGCCAGCAAAUUGAAUUAA